AUGACAAGCUCCAGCCACAAGCAGGGAAGCCUGGAGCUGACAAAUCUCGGUGCUAAAAGCGACAUAGAAAGCAUACACCUGAACAAUUCGAGCGUCAAGAGCGUAAAAGAAGCUUUUGUGAAUGAACUGGCUGCCGACCUUUCCAAAGUUGUGGACGAAUUUAGCCUCGACGACAAAGUCAUAAAAGAAGUCGUGAAAGCUCUUCCCGAAGCGCUGAGGACGUUUUCAUUGAGCCUAGGGCAGGCUUCCUCAACCCAGACGCAACGCGAUGUCAUGGCUUACAUACACCAAUAUCGAUGGGAGAUUGCAACUGCACUUAAACAGCUUCUGAUUGGACAAGGUGCUGGGCACCCUAGUCGCCAAACAGGUGGUGCAAAGUCUCUGGAUGAGGUAAUACGGCUUUCGGGCCAGAAAAAUGGCACCAACCAAGCUUCACAGAAUACCGCGCGGCAUUGCAGGAAUGCACGUGUCCAAAACCUAGAUGCGCCUGACAGCCCAGAUAGACAUUAUGAAUGCUCAGAGCACAGCCAAAGCUCCGCAUCUGUCAAAUGCCGUACAGAGCUGGGAGAUGAAAUGGGGCCUCCGAGUGGCUUUCCCCAAGUUCAAUCGUACCUCGCGCUCAUCCAUAAAAGUCCCACAUAUCCGUGGCUGUUGGACAGCAUCCGACGUGAAUGCGUUCUGGCAGCACCCGAACGGCAGCUCAAAUGCCAUAUCCGUGACUAUGUCCAAGAAGCCUUACCACAGUCUUCGCGAAUGAAUAGAAAAUAUCCCACCGCCACGUUCGACGUACUGUUCAAGGUAUAUUGGGAUCCCGUGGGGUUUCUCGAAGAACAGGGGUAUGAGGAGACUAGUGGUGAGGCAUUUGGAAGAAUCAUUACUCUCACUGGCUGCAAUUCGACAGUGCAAGCAUUGACUAUUCAAGACUACAUGCAGCAGACAUGGCCCUCUACUGGCAUGCAGAUUCUGAAUCUGGUCAAGGCUCUGGUUUGUGGGAGAGGCGCUCUGUAUGUCAAUUUGGUGGACGGCACUCACAUCUGUUGCUCGCGGCGGUCAUUCUCUGGCGAUCAGACGUUGCACCAAAUGUACUUCGAGGUUGACGGAACAGGACCUGUGGUUGCCGAGAUCGGUGAACAGGUGUCAUGGAUGGCCUCUGCGUUACAGACCUGUUCGAAAGAAGGAACUAUCAACUACAGUAAACCAAGAAUCCGUCUGAUUGAUAUUCCCCGGCCGUACGACUAUCAGAGACCAUCAACGCAGUAUUUUUUUGAAGUGCUAGUGGACAUGCAUGGAAGACCGCAGAGUACGGAGGUCGUCAACGGCCAAUGUUGGCACAGGCUGACGACAAGCCCAGUGAUAGUGGAGGGCUUUCCAACCCGUCGAAGGCCAGAACAUGUGCCCGAAGGCCUCGAUAUACCACUGGACAUGUUAGCCAAACUAGUAGACACGACUAGAGUGUCCACGUUUGACGGAAAGACUCUCCUGAAAGGAUAUUCCGCGAUGGCGAUUGUGACCCGCUAUACCCAAAACACGGUCAUAUGGCACUUUGUCGACGAGAACGAUGGUCACAUUUCUCAUCUGCGCAGUGAAGAGUGGGCCGGUCUCUCUCUAUCAGUUGAUGAUCUAAAGGCAGCUCGGCAUAUAGUAGGCUGGUGUCCGGAGAUGAAGCUAUUUGCGGGAGAAUACGACGCAAGCUACAACAUCAAGAAUACCGGGCUACCACUUAGUAUCAGGGGCAAUGGACUUCUUAAUAAUGUCACACUCUCCACAGGGCGAAUCAUUGCCGAUGGCACAGGCCCGAUUCUGGAUCACAGGACCCGCGCACAGCGAACAUCCUUCGUCAGAAAUAUAGAGUGGAUUUUUGAGAAAUACGUUGUUCUUUGGGAUGUAAGCGAAAGACGAGGAUGGCUUGUAAAUGGAGCCAGCGCGUUGCUGCACCUGGUCCGCGCAUCAAUCACAGAAGACCGCGCCGACAGAAUAUUUAAAUCCGUUUGUCUUGCGAGUGAGAAACAGUCACACGAUGCCAUGCGACCUUACCAAUGGGACUCGGCGUGCGAAAUGUUGUUGCAUCCGAUAAACCGCAAGUUCAAGAUCAAUCCUCAGGACAAUAAUCCGAUAUACUUUCAGGACCGAGUCGAGGAAUAUUUUACUCUACUAGAACAGGCAAUAGACUAUCAGCUUCGCGCCACCAGUCGCGAAGAUGCAGCUACCAAACAACCAAGAUCAUUGCUGGAUGGAUGGGAUUUCCGGGACCUCAUUCUAGAAAAGGAUCGUAUUCACUCGCGUCAGACGGUCUUGGCCCACGAAGGCCGAUUGUGGGUGGAUCUGACUCGGUCAAUUCAUGCGGUCACGUUAUUUGGCCGGGGCUUUGGUGACAUUUUGCUGCCUGCCGAGGGGGGCUGCGCAGCAUGGAAAACCCUCCCAACCGGCAGAUGGUAUCUGGCGGCAACCGCCCCAGACCUUAGUAACAUCGCCGAGGCCUACGGUGGCCCUUAUUCUAAUCCUGUGAAGCUAACUCACAAUCUUUGUUUGUGUCCGCUAGAAGCUGACAACUCGCCCACUGAUGGCGAACAAGACCCCCAGCCUCUGGAGUAUAUCGUUGGUCUCCUACCCAUCUCAAUGCAGACUGAGCCUCGAAGGUCGACCGGAACAAUCAACUGGAAGGUGGGGGCUAUAGUCUUUGGAUUCAGCUCGAACAACCCAUGGUACUGGGGUGAUUACGGAAAUCCGACCAGAGAUCCGAGUUCCGAAUCAACUGUUCAGCUAGGCGUCGAGCUAUCCCAUCCCCUUCUUGACGAUAGCGAUACAAAACACAUCGGCCCAUUGCAUCCGUCCAGCGAAAGGAGUAGAUUAAGGGAACGUGAAGUUGAGCGUGCGUUUCUGGACUGGCUUGGAUGGCGUAACGUUAUACCAGUACCUCCUCAGCUCCCAGAAGGGGCUCGCCCACCGCCGGUCCCGGUGUGGAAACGCUCACUUCUCGCCAAGCACUACUCAGUCGGGAUCAUCUGUGCUCUGAACCUCGAGCUGAUGGCUGUCCGGGCCUUGUUUGACGAGUUCUUCGAGAUGGUGCCCCUGGUUUACGGAGACCCGAAUCACUACGCCUUGGGCCGCAUUGCAGAGCACAACGUGGUCGGCGCCUGCCUACCGCACGGGUCCUACGGCACCAGCUCCGCCGCGGAGUGUUUGUCAAAACUGAAGCGCAGCUUCCGUAAGCUAAAAUUUUGCCUCCUCCUCGACAUUGGCGCCGGUGUGCCGUCCGCCCAGAACGACAUCCGUCUUGGGGACGUGGUCAUCGGCACUCCCCGCGGCGAGCACCCCGGGGUGGUGCCGUACGACAUGACCAAAAGCAUGGAGUCCGGAGCCUUGCAGCUCAGCGGCCAUCUCCCCCCGCCGCCCACCGAUCUCAAGAGCGUGAUCAGCCAGCUUGAAGCCGACCCCAGCCUCUCCGCCACCCCACUGGCAGAACACCUCCGCCAGCUCGAGAUAAAGAAGAUCCAAUACCAGCGCCCCGAUCUCGUAAACGACCGGCUCUUCCCAGCAAGUUACCCGCACCAAGCAGCCGACGAUCAAGCCGCAUGCGACCACUGCGAUCCCGGCCAGGAGGUCCGACGACCCCCUCGCUCGUUCGUAGAACCGCGCAUCCACUACGGCCUCAUCGCCUCAGGCAACCAAGUCAUACGCUCCGCCGAGACCCGGGACCGACUGGCCCAAGGCCACAACAUCCUGUGCUUCAGCGUGGAAGGCCCCGGCAUCCUGGACAGCUUCCCGUGCCUGGUCAUCCGCGGGAUUUGCAACUACGCAGACUCGCACCAGAACAAGCUUUGGCAGAACUAUGCCGCUGCCACGGCGGCAGCAUAUGCCAAGAUGCUGCUGGCGCGGGUGCCGGGCACGGAUGGGCCUAAACCCGAGACGGGGAAGCGCAAACGACGACGAGCGUCUCCGGGUUCGGGUCCUGGCCCUAAGACUACCGCGGCGAGAAGGGGGUCCUCGUCGAAGCAGCAGCCAGAAUCAUGUACCACCACGUGA